AUGAGGAGACCUGACGCGGGCUUUCCAGGCUGUCAGUUUCUGGGAGCAGGGAGGGAGUCCAAACGGGAAGCUCAUGCAGACCAGAGCAUCACCAUUCUGCACGCCAAGGUCGCCCAGAAAUCUUAUGGCAGCGAGAAAAGGUUUUUCUGCCCUCCUCCUUGUGUUUACAUCAGUGGUCAUGGAUGGAAAGUCAUGCAGGAUCAUUUGAAAGCGGGAGGUUAUGGAGAUUCAGUUUAUCAGAUAUGCGGCUACAUGUGUCUGGACAGCUCCAGUCACUCACAGGCAGACACAUUCAAACUGCUCUUUGAUGAACAACCAAACUCAAGGCAGCUGUUUGCUUGUGCAAAGUCUCUCUUCAUCUCUGAUCAGGACAAGAGGAAGCAUUUCUGCCUGCUGCUGCGACUUUUUUUAGGCAACCAACAGGAAGUGGGUUCUUUCCAAAGCAGGAUGAUCAAAGUGAUCUCCAAACCCUCCCAGAAGAGGCAGUCCAUGAAGAAUGCUGACUUGUGUAUAUCCUCCUGCUCCAAAGUGGCUUUGUUCAACCGCUUACGCUCACAGACGGUCAGCACUCGGUACCUCUCAGUGGACAGUGGAGCUUUCAUAGCCAGCGCCAGACAGUGGACAGCCUUCACCAUCACUAUGGUGGAUGACCAGCGUUCUGACCAUGGCGGGCUUGUGCUGAGUGAAGGCUUCAUCUGUUAUGGUUCUGUGGUCCAGUUAGUUUGCACUGAGUCAGGAGUUGCCCUGCCACCCAUGGUUAUUCGAAAGGUGAACAAGCAGCACGCCAUCUUAGACGUGGACGAACCGGUUUCUCAGCUCCACAAGUGUGCCUUUCAGUUCAGAGACAAUCCCAAUGCUUAUCUGUGUCUAUCAAAUGACACCAUCAUACAGUACCAGGCUCCGUCCAGCAUCAGGGACUCCAGUAAAGUGGUACUAAAUGAUGGAUCCUGCUGGACCAUCAUAGGUGUGGAAGUGGUUGAAUUCACCUUUAAUCGAGGUUUGGCCAGCAUUCAGACUCCAGUCAGUCCAUUCCCUGUUAUCACUGGGUUGGGGGUGAAUGGUGGAGGGCAUGUCGCCAUGCUGGAGAUCCAUGGAGAAAACUUCAGCCCUCACCUCAAGAUGUUGUUUGGCAACAGCGAGGCUGAGACAAUGUUCAAGUCUCCAAAAUCUAUGCUCUGCGUCAUUCCUGAUGUUUCAGUUUAUAGUGACAGCUGGCGCUGUCUGCGUCGCAUCAUCACCCUCCCUUUGUCCCUCGUCAGAUCUGAUGGCCUCAUUUAUCGUACAUCCUACAGUUUCACCUACUCCCCGGAGCUCCACCUGCCUCCAUCUGCCCGAGGAGCAACAGCAGGCAGAGAAGGAGGGGCAGACGGAGGCCAGGAGGACGAGGAGGACAUUCUCUUAGAGAAAAUUCAUCAGGAGUUCACCAGAACUAAUUUUCACCUAUUCAUGCAGAGUUAACCACUUUUUUACGGUAAUUUAGUCCUCAGGUGAAUGUUUACUUUAGUUCAGUUCAGUUUAAUAUCAUGAAGCAAAAAAAUAACGUUUGCAUUCUGGUCCAGUUACAUGCAGUCAGCUAUUGCAUGUUUGAGUACUUUGUGGACUCCUUUUACUCCUUUUAAACAAUCAUGCCCCAAUGAGGCUUUCGAUUAAUUAAAUAAAUAUAUUUGCUUUAAAAAUCUUUAAAAUGUAAAGUAAAAGACUAAAUUUAAUUAGUAUUACUUCAUCAGUAUUAGUACUAUGAUGUCUUCUCACUGCUCAAGGAUGUUUUGAAUACCGCAGUUUCCAUUUUUCCUGCGAACAAAUAUUAUGUCAUAACCACAAUUCCAGUAGGACUUAAUCUGCAGCACUCACCCAUGACUAGCUAAUAUAAAGAAGCUGCUGUGAUGUCCUGACAUCCUCUUAUCUAAAACCUAAAUCGUAUUUGGCUCGUAAUACAUUUAAAUGUGGUACUAGUUAACCAUGUUUGGACAAAACACUACUACUGCUUUGUAAACUUGACAUUUUGGGCAUCUUAAAGUUUAAUGAUCCAAAAUGCAAUUUUAUAGCUGGACGGCAGUGCAGCCACUAUUAAAUCUUAAACAACAGACCAACAACCGAUUUAUGGAGUGAACUUUAGUUGUGAACUCCAAUACAGGUAAUUUAAAAAUGCUGUGAUUGAGACCCUUAAAUCGAUAUUUGGAACCAAUCAUACAAUCCCUAUUUUUUAAAUGUUCAUGGUUAUAUGCAGGGCUGAGCACCUCUAAUAGUAAGGUGAAGCAUAUUAAAUCUUGUACUUUUUGAGCUUUCACUGACUAGCUUUCACUGAAGUGAACAUUUAACAGUUAAAUUUCAAAUACUGUAAAUAUUCAAUGUAAAUUGAAAAAAUCCCCUCCUUUAUUUUAAAAAGCUUUCAGUGAAAUAAAUCAUGGAAGUGUACACUUAAAACACCAUAAUGUACUACGAAAAAGUUUUCUUGAGUACAGUAUGACACUUUUCACAUUUGGGAACCUUCUCAUGAGUGUUAUUUCAAUUUUAUCUAUGUUAAGUAUAAAAACGCAUGACAGGAUAAACAAGACUAAAGAACUGUAAUGAGACUAGACUUGCAAAGUUGCAUUUCAACAAACAAGAACAAAAUCUCUUGGACAGACAAGUUCUAGGUCGUCAUGAUUUGGACUUAUUGUGUUUGCAAUUUGGCUUUGUCUCUAUAACAUAAAAAUGUAUA